AUGAAGUCUUCAGUUUUGUUGUCUCUGUCGGCUGUAGCUCUUGCUGCGGCUAUUGCCAUGCCCAAAGACCCACAGAUGGUCCUUCAGAAUCCCCAAGUGACGAUCGAUGAGCCAGACCAGUACCUAAUUGAGCUAUCUCCUGGUGAGACACGAUGGGUGACCGAGGACGAGAAGUGGGCUUUACGUCGACAAAACAUCAACUUCUUCGACAUCACACACAGCGAUGACCUCAGUACUCUCAGCCGUGAGAUCGCUGCCGAAAAGGUCACUUUCCCCUCAAAAACCGCUCACAACAAGACUGUGGUCCCUCUUUUGAAGGAACUCGACCAACGCAACAUGCGCAAGCACCUCGAGACAUUCACUUCAUUCCACACUCGUUACUACAAGUCUCAGUACGGCGCGCAAUCCUCAGCGUGGCUGUUUAAGCAGGUGGAUAGCACUUUGAAAGACGCAGGUGCUAAAGAUGCUUUUGUGAAAGCGUUUCCCCACCCUUGGGGCCAAUCCAGCAUCAUCGCCACCAUCCCAGGCAAGAGCAACAAAACUGUGGUCAUUGGUGCGCACCAAGACAGCAUCAAUCUGUUUCUUCCCUCCAUCCUCGCUGCCCCUGGUGCAGAUGACGAUGGUAGCGGUACUGUUACUAUAUUGGAGGCACUGCGAGUGCUUCUCAAGUCGAAGGACAUUCUGAGGGGCCAGGCAGAAAACACGGUCGAAUUCCACUGGUACUCAGCCGAGGAAGGCGGAUUGUUGGGAAGCCAGGCUAUCUUCCAGUCAUACCAAAAGGAACGUCGUGAUGUGAAGGCUAUGCUGCAGCAAGACAUGACUGGCUACGUGCAGAAGACACUCGACAACGGCGAGCCGGAGUCUGUCGGUGUGAUCACCGAUUUUGUCGACCCUGGUCUCACUGAGUUCAUCAAGGAGGUCAUCACUGAGUACUGCGACAUCCCCUAUAUCCUGACCAAGUGUGGCUACGCUUGCUCCGACCAUGCCAGUGCAUCUAAGGCUGGCUACCCAUCUGCUUUUGUCAUUGAGUCUGACUUCAAGUACUCUGACAACAAGAUACAUACCACUGAGGACAAGAUCGAGUAUCUGAGCUUCGAUCACAUGCUCCAGCACGCGAAGCUGACGCUUGGUUUGGCGUACGAGCUCGCCUUUGCCGAAUUCAAAUAG